CGGCGGGACUCAGCGGCGGACGGGAAGGCCGGAGCCGGUGUGGGUGUCCCGCGGCGUCGCUCCCCUCGCUCGCUGCGCCCCUGCGCUUGUGGUUCCGCCUGCCUGCUUGUGGCUCAGCGCGCCCGGCCUGCUCUCCGCUGCCUCCCCGGAUCUCUUAGUCUGAACCCGGGUGUGUUUGCACUACUAGAGGCACGCUAAAAAAAUCCCUCUAAGAAUGAAAUAUGACUGAUGACUCUCAGAGAAACUUUCGCUCAGUCUACUAUGAGAAAGUUGGGUUUCGUGGAGUUGAAGAAAAGAAAUCACUGGAAAUCCUCCUGAAAGAUGACCCUUUGGACAUUGAGAAGCUUUGCACCUUCAGCCAGAGGUUCCCUCUCCCGUCCAUGUACCGUGCAUUGGUAUGGAAGGUGCUUCUAGGGAUAUUGCCUCCACACCAUGACUCUCAUGCCCAGGUGAUGGCCUAUCGCAAAGAUCAGUACUCUGAUGUCCUUCAUGCCCUGACAGUAAUCCGCUUCAUCAGUGACACCACGCCUCAGGCUGAAGUGUUUCUUCGCAUGUAUCAGCUUGAGUCUGGGAAGUUGCCUCGAAGUCCCUCUUUUCCGCUGGUAGAACAGCAUUUUAAAGCUGUGCAUGGAAGCUUUGACAUAAAUCAGACGUUUUGUGAGCCCACGGAGUUCCCCAGUAUUCACACUGACACAUAUUCCAAAAUGGAGCCAGAGGAUGAAGCCUUUCUUGCCAUCACUAAAGCCAUGGAAGAGAUGGUGGAGGAUAGCGUCGACUGUUACUGGAUCACCCGAUGCUUCGUGAAGCAGUUUCAUAGCAAGUUCCGGGAUUCCUUACCUCAGCUGCCCAAGGCUUUUGAACAGUACUUGAAUCUGGAAGAUAGUAGGCUGCUGAGUCACCUGAAGACAUGUUCUGCGGUGUCCAAACUUCCUUAUGAUCUCUGGUUCAAAAGGUGCUUCGCAGGAUGCCUGCCUGAGUCCAGUUUACAGAGGGUCUGGGAUAAAGUUGUCAGUGGAUCCUGUAAGAUCCUAGUGUUUGUAGCAGUAGAAAUAUUAUUAACCUUUAAAAUAAAAGUCAUGGCAUUGAACAGUGUGGAGAAGAUAACAGAGUUCCUGGAAAACAUUCCUCAGGACAGCUCAGACGCUAUUGUCAGCAAGGCCAUCGACUUGUGGCACAAACACUGUGGGACCCCCGUCCACUCAGCCUGACAGCUUGUGACUUCGUGGACAGUCUGCAGGCGCUCCCUGAGCACUCUGUCCAUGCCACUCGGUCACUGACUGUUUGGAAAUGGGAAUCUUGCUGUGGUGCUCAAAGUGCAACCCCCACCCCACUCAGUGAAAUAAUUCAGUCGCAGUGCCUGGGGCAGCCAUGCUGUGAAGCAGCUUCUCUUGGUGACACUGACACAGCUCUGGGAUGGUGUUUAAAGGGUGGUCAGGAAGUCCUCCAGGUUCUUAGGCAGCUCAGCUUAGGUGCAGCCUGCAUAUGCUAAUGUAAGGUACAGGCGAAGCCCUGCCUCCCUCUAAUGAGCACCAGGCACAGGUACCUAGAAAGGCCUCUUUCUGGAAAAAGAACUCUUUCCUCUCAUCCUCUCUUCCCCUCCCCUCUUCUCCCCUCUCCUCUCCUCUCCUUCCCUCCCUUCCCCUCUCUUCCUCUCUGUCUCUCUCUGUCUCUCUCUCUCUCUCUUUUCUUUUUGUUUGU